AUACUACAGUACCUUUGAUUGUGACGAAAUGGACAAGGAAGUGGAUCCUCCAAAACCAGAGCAGCAACAAGUAGUCAAAGCGGCGGACCUUUUCAAAGCGGCCGAGAACGGCGACGUCUCAACCUUCCAGCUUCUCUCUCCGGAGAAUCUCUCCAAGGCCCUCUCUCUUCGAAAUGAGGAUGAACGUUCCCUUCUUCACGUCGCCACUUCAUCCGGUCACUCUCAGGUGGUGAAGAUCCUAGCAUCUGCUGAUGGGUCUACAGAAGUGAUUAAUAGUAUCGAUGAAGAAGGAUGGGCUCCGAUUCACUCUGCGGCUAGCAUUGGGAAUCUGGAAAUUGUUGAGACAUUGUUGAACAAAGGAGCUGAUGUUAAUUUGCAAAAUAAUGGGGGCCGAACUGCACUUCACUAUGCUGCCAGCAAAGGUUGGCUGAAGAUUGCUGAAAUUCUCAUCUCCCAUGGUGCCAAGAUCAACGUUAAGGAUAAGGUUGGAAGCACCCCAUUACAUCGUGCUGCGAGCACUGGAAAUUCUGAACUGUGUGAAUUUUUAAUUGAAGAAGGAGCAGAGGUUGAUGCAGCUGAUAGAGCUGGUCAAACCCCAUUAAUGAAUGCUGUGAUUUGCCAAAACAAAGAGGUUGCUUUCCUUCUGAUAAGACAUGGAGCAGAUGUAGAUGCACAGGAUAAGGAAGGAUAUACGGUGCUUGGUCGAGCUUCCAGUGAAUUAAGACCAACACUGGUAGAUGCAGCCAAGACCAUGCUUGAGGAAUAAAACUUUGAAGGUAAUUUGUGGGACUCUUGAAGGAGAGGAGAAUGUUGUGUGAAUGAAGAGGGAUUAUACUGAAGACCGGUUUUGUAUACGGAUCUUGGAGAAGUGUUCAUAUUGUUGAAAAAUUAUUUGAGAUUCCGACGGGAUAAAUAGUUAUUUUAUACAACUAAUAUCAAAAAGGAAAUUACUCUGCUCAUGGUUCUUUUAUCAUGGUUUUCCUUGGUAUUUGAUUCCUCUAUCUAAAUUUGUUUUCUCAUACAUUAUAUGAAAUUCGAGGAAUUAGUCCGAAUUGUUUAUGAUUUAUAAAUUAACAGCUUGUUAUA